AUGUCUACUCUCUCCUCUCACACGUUCUCUCUGAUUGUCUCCACUCAUACACUCUCCUCUUCUUCUACUCUAACACACCCUAUAUCUCCUCGUGCACCCUCCUCUCACACACAGUCACUCUCCUCACAUACACACUACUCUCAACACACACUCUGCUCUCACCCACCCUCUCCUUUUAACACACAUUCUACUCUCAACACACAUUGUCUCCUCACAGCUUCUCUCACACACACUCACAGCUCCUCUCUCACACACACAGAGCUCCUCUCUCACACACACUCACAGCUCCUCUCUCACACACACAGCUCCUCUCUCACACACACACAGCUCCUCUCUCACACACAGCUCCUCUCUCUCUCACACACAGCUCCUCUCUCUCUCACACACAGCUCCUCUCUCUCACACACACAGCUCCUCUCUCACACACACAGCUCUCUCACACACAACUCUCUCACACACAGCUCCUCUCUCUCACACACACAGCUCUCUCACACACAGCUCUCUCUCCUUUCUCACACAGAACUCUCUCACAGCUCUCUCACACACAACUCUCUCACACACAGCUCUCACACCCAGCUCUCUCACACAGCUCCUCUCUCUCACACACACACAGCUCCUCUCUCUUACACACACAGCUCCUCUCUCACACACACAGAGCUCCUCUCUCACACACAGCUCCUCUCUCUCACACACACAGCUCCGCUCUCUCACACACACAGCUCUCCCACACACAGCUCCUCUCUCACACACACAGCUCUCUCACACACAGCUCUCUCACACACACAGCUCUCUCACACACAGCUCUCUCACACACACAGCUCUCCCACACACAGCUCCUCUCUCACACACACAGCUCUCUCACACACAGCUCUCUCACACACAGCUCUCCCACACACAGCUCCUCUCUCACACACACAGCUCUCUCACACACAACUCUCUCACACACAGCUCCUCUCUCUCACACACACAGCUCCUCUCUCACACACAGCUCUCUCACACAGCUCCUCUUUCUCACACACAGCUGCUCUCUCUCACACACAGAGACUUUACCCUGUUGACCCUUACACUGCUAAACCUGUUGACCCUUACACUGCUGAACCUGCUAACCCUUUACCCUGCUGA